UAAUAAUUAGGACAACGCGAUGCUUAGUGGGACUUGUAGUCUUUUUUCCCCUUCUGUCUUCGGGUUUGUCAUUCCAACCUCUAUCUCACACCCACCCCCGACUCCAGAUUGGGAUAUCUGGGUGCGUGGCGGGGUGGGCGGUCCCAUUUUUAGUCUUGGCCGCAAGAGUUUCAUAGUGACGGAGGGGUGGGGGAGAGACACUUUUUUCACUGCUCCGAGGACCGCUGGCAAAGAGACGCAGUAGUCCCACUCCCUUUUUGGAAGCCGGGAGAGGGCGGCUUGUGUCCGCCAUGUUGGUGAAGGUAAACGUAGACGACCGGAGUUCCAGGACUGUCUGCUUUGCUGGCUGAAGUCCGCCAUAUUAAUAAAGAGACAGGGAGGACUGACACCCCCCAUUCCCCCCAUUCACAAACCCGUUUUUCCCACUCGGCUUUCACGACUCCUCUCGGUGGGCCCGUCCCCUGCCUCGCUUGCCUAGCGUUUGCCCGAAGGAAGCGUAGCAGCCAGCGCCUCAGAACAGGCUUAAGGCAGCGCCGAAUGAGGGGGAAGGGGAAAUGCCGACCAAUUGCGCCGCAGCGGGCUGUGCUACUACCUACAACAAGCACAUUAACAUCAGCUUCCACAGGUUUCCUUUGGAUCCUAAAAGAAGAAAAGAAUGGAUUCGCCUGCUUAGGCGCAAAAAUUUUGUGCCAGGAAAACACACUUUUCUGUGUUCAAAGCACUUUGAAGCCUCCUGUUUUGACUUAACAGGACAAACUCGACGACUUAAAAUGGAUGCUGUUCCAACCAUUUUUGAUUUUUGUACCCAUUUAAAGUCUAUGAAACUCAAGUCAAGGAAUCUUUUGAAGAAAAACAACAGUUGUACCCCAACAGGACCAUCUAAUUUAAAAUCAAACAUUAGUAGCCAGCAAGUACUACUUGAACACAGUUAUGCUUUUAGGAAUCCUAUGGAGGCAAAAAAGAGGAUAAUUAAACUGGAAAAAGAAAUAGCAAGUUUAAGAAAGAAAAUGAAAACUUGCUUACAAAAAGAACGCAGAGCAACACGAAGAUGGAUCAAAGCCACAUGCUUGGUGAAGAAUCUGGAAGCAAAUAACAUAUUACCUAAGGGCACAUCAGAACACAUUUUACCAACUGCCUUAAGCAGUCUUCCUUUGGAAGAUUUCAAGAUUCUUGAACCUGAUCAACAAGAUAAAACAUUACCAAUUCUAUAAAACAUUCCUUUAAGAGUAGCCCACAAAGAACUUGAUGCCCAUCCUUCAUUCUAUUCAAAGGUAAAAAUAUUUAAGGAAAUUACGCCAAAAUUAGGUAUUUAAUAAAGUUUUACUUGAAGUACCAUUAUUACUGUAUAACUUAUGAAGACUUGAUUAUUAAAAAAAUGGAAACUUUCUAUGAAACUUAUAUUUGAAAAAGAAUGGAAGUGCCUUACAUGAGAAUUAUGUACUUAAAAAUUUUGUAGGAAAUUGUAUGUUUACAAGGUGUUUUGUGUUUUUGUCUUUUAAAACUACUUUUAAAGAACUGUCUAUGACAAUAUGUUUAAUUUCUAAUAGAAAUUCUUUUUUCCUGUACCAAUGUUGGGAUAUUACAUUCUAAAUAGGAUGGUAAGUAAGAAUUAGCCAACAUUAAAUAUGACUUUAAAACUG